CUCCUCAUAAGUAGAACACAGACUCAUGUUACUCUGAUCUCUUUGUGGUUUCUCAAACGAGAAACUGUGAGACAGGAGAGCAACAGGGCAAGACGAGACUCGACCUGAGCGGGGCGUUGCUCUUCAUUUCCUGGAUCUCAUUUGCUCAGAGAGUGAGUUUCAGUGUCUUCAACACCUUCAGUUCCCUUCAUACCGGAGACGCUGCUGGACAGUCACAGAGAUGGCAGGAACACUGGGAAUAUUUGGCAUCUGUCUGCUCUUUGCUGGGGUUCACAUGACUUCAGGCAUGACUGUAACCAUCCCAAAUCAAGUAUAUAAGGUUGCGAGGGGCGAUAAAGCGGUGAUUCCCUGUGCUUUCACACCGAGUACAACCAUCACAUCCAUAACAUGGACGGCAGAUCCGGACAACAAGGAUGAUCCAGAGAUUAACGUCGCUGGUUACUUCUCUGGCGGGAAUAAAAUUACGAUAUACAAAAAAUAUAAAGGCCGGGCAAACAUAGUGUUGGAUCUGGUGAAAGGAACAGCCAACCUGGAGCUCCUGAGCGUCACCAACACAGACACACGGGACUAUGAAUGCAAAGUUCAGGAUCCGGAAGAUGAGGAAGGCCGUUUGUCUGACAAGGCCAAUCUCAUGGUCCUGGUGGCUCCAUCACAACCCAAAUGCGAUAUUGUUGGGAAGACAGAAUACUUCGAGAACAUCCAACUGAAAUGUCUCUCCGAGGAGGGAAUGCCGACACCAGUCUACAAAUGGCAAAGCUACAGUGUCCAUAACGUCCUUCGACCGCUGCCGCCCAAGGCCACUGAGCAAAGCGGGGUUUUGUCACUUUUAAAUAUUUCCAUGGACACGUCUGGCUACUACAUCUGCACGUCCACCAACGAAAUCAAAUCUGCGAUGUGUAAUGUGACCCUGCGCGUCGAUCCACCGUCCAUGAACAUCGCCUCCACGGGGGGGAUCAUCGGGGGUGUUGUGGGCGUGGCUCUUGUUGUGGGAAUCAUCAUCUGCUGCUGCUGCUACUGCCGUCGCCGGAGGGAAAAGGCUGAGGAAUUCGCAAUGGGGAAGCCUGAAGGAGAGUACACAGAUGAAGACUAUGAAGGAAAAGAGGACGACCGCGACGAACACGUGAAGUACGAGGAAGAGCGUCGACUGAAAAGUGCAGACCGACGCGAUCCACCUGAUGACCGCAGCGAGAGGAGCUACGAUCGCCGCAGUGACUACACCGAUCGAAAGGAUCAAUACACCGACAGACGAGACGAUCGCAGUGACCGCUCCGAGAAGUAUGACAGAGACGACCGCCGCGACCGCUACAACGACGGCAGAGAACGCUACGAUGAUCGUAGAGAGCGUAACGAUGAUCGCAGAGACCGCUAUGAUGCCCGUGGCGACCGCUACGAAGACCGCAGAGACCGUAAUGAUGAUCGGAGAGACCGCUAUGAUGACCGCUACGACAGCGACCGUUACUCCGACCGCUACGACAGUCGCGACAGACCGACCAGUGUUCCACCGAAUAAACCCAAAGACCCGAAGUACUGAGUUCAGCUGAUGCGGAGUCGAUCCUCAGAAAUAUACCGAAACUAGAGAAAAUGGACAACUAAUCCACUUUAACAAUCGUAUUUCAGUACCUCAUAUGCUGAAAAUGAGAUUUGACAGAAUAAGGGCAUGUUCAUACUUGGCGUCUUUUUUGACAAGAAAAAGUUGAUUGGCACUUUUUAAUAAAAUAAAAAGCUGGUUGUGUAUUGGUUACGAAUAGCAGCCGAGGGCGUCUUUCACUGAUAACAACACAAGCCUAGUGCUGUGUGCUGCAGAACUGCUGAGAAAAACGGAGGAUAAUGUUGGUUCGUUUGUGGGUGCGCAACAUUAUUCGGGGAAGGAAACCGUAUGGUGCUCACAACUAUUUGGUUCAGGAGCUCCGGUUGGAUGAUGGACGGUCUGCAGAAUAUUUUACACUAGAGUUUUGUGCUCAUAUCUAGUGCUUGAAGUGGAAAAAAAGAAGUGCUGUUACUUACCCCCAUUUAUUUAAUCCAUUUAUAUUAAACAAAUAAGUGCUUUGGAAUUAUACACAAUGUAUAGUGCCAAAAUCAAUCAAUAAUUGUCAAUAAAAAUUAGCACAAGUCAGGCUGCGACACCAAACAGGACCAAAGGGAGUCACCGAAGACCACUAAAUCUAAAACUGCUUUUUUGGAUCCAUUCAGAAUCACUAAACCUCUGACCACCGCAUUAUCAGUCCAUUAUAAAACGCUCUUGCUUUUAAGCAAAAUACACAAUGAAAAGUGUCAUUUUACUGACAUCUGGAUGUAAGUCGCUAUUCUCUCCACAAUCGCUGAUGAAAUCGUCCGUGUUUUCUCUAUAUAUAUAUAUAUAUAUAUAUAAUGACACUUUUAUUCAUGUCAGUUCAAGCCCUGCUCAUAACGAACAACUGCUUGUGCUCCAACCCUAUUACAAACUAUCUGCGGCUAUCUUCUACAUUUCUUGUUCAUUUAUUUUUUUUAUUAUUAUGGAAAUGACUCACUGCUUGCUUGUCAUUGGUCAGCUGUCAAAAAGAAUUUUUUUUUUUCAAAGAAUAUUUCACUUUUUUUCGACUUGAGAAGACGCUCUGAGCUGCAGAGAAAGACACCAGCAGAGGCGUAUUAUAAAGUGCUCAGACCUUUUUUGAAAACCUGUGUAAAAUGUAAAGAAAGACUCCAAGUGUGAACAUAGCCUAGAAGCGCUUUACUAAAUCUUCCACUGACGCACUUCAGUGUGGGCCAUUUAGUCUCUUAUGUGUUUAUAUUUGUUCAUGUGAACUACUCUGAUAAGGGUGUGUAAGGGAUGAUGGGGUUGGUGUACUUUGAUUUGACUCUUGUUGAUUAGUAUUGUGAAAGGCUUCAAAAGAACCUCAUAUUUACUUUAUUUUUCAUAUUUUUGUUGACGUUUCUUGUGGCAUUUUACUAAACUUCUUAACUGCAUUUAUAGGAAUAACUAAUCUGAAUCUAGAUUUCAGUUUAUUUUUGUCCGGUUCAUUUUUUUUUUUUUUUUUUUUAUUGUUUCAGAAUAAAAUAUUCAACAUAUUAUGUUGGUGGAUAAAUGGGUUUCACUGAGGUUCCUGAUUCAGCUGAUUAACAUUCAGGCUUCUGUUUUAAACUGUGACCGAGUGAAGCUGAACUGCGGUGGUUAGUGUCCUAACUAUAACUCAUUUACCGCUCAACACCGGUCAUCUAUUGUCCAAAGACUUCUCUCUUCAUUAUGAUUCAUGGUUAUGAAAAGUGGUCCUGUUCCUCUUGAUGACGUCAAUCUCUGAGUUUUGCAGCUGGCCGUUUUCAGCAAAGAUGUAAUUAAAUAUAAAUAUUCUUUACCAUUAAAGUUGUAUCAUGUCAAAGAAAACGUAUUCACCUGUGUAUGUCAGAAAUGUAUUGAUCAACCUAGAGAAGAUCACGCUGUUUUUAUUUUAUUUUAUUCAUGUUAUGAUUUUGAUUUCUACAUUCUUUUAUGUUCUGAUAUUUUUUCUCAUGUAAUUUUUUGUACAUUUUAUGGCAAUCAUUAAAUGCAUGUUUUUACUCCAGU